GCGGUAGCGAGCUGACCGAGUCCAUUUCAAAAGGUGUCAUCAUUUUUAUUGAAAAAAAGUUCUGGUUGGUUGGUCAUGUCAUAUGUCGAGGACUCGGCAAAUGUCUUAUGUCAUGUUUACGAGAACUCUGCAUGGAAGACACACAAAAAUUGUGGGACUUCACCUGUCCUCCCUAUGACUCCAAAGAAACCUCACCAGUGGCUGCAAGUGGUCGGUCAUGCAGGGAGCUUUCAUGUUGGGGAUUAUGGCACACUGCUAAAGAGGUUUUGUGAGAGGGAGCAACAAUGCUACCUCAGGCUGAUGGAAGACACUUUGAAGCCCUUUGUUCCAGCCUACCACGGUGUGGUACAGCGGGACGAGCAGGAUUACAACAUGAUGGAUAACUUGCUGACCUAUUUCAACUCCCCUGCCAUCAUGGACUGCAAGAUGGGGAGCCGCACAUACCUCGAGGGAGAGCUGCAGCUGGCUAGAGAGCGGCCCCAGCCUCGUAACGACAUGUACAAGAAGAUGGUGGCUGUGGACCCAGAGGCCCCAACGGUACAGGAACGAGCCCAGCAGGCGGUGCUGAAAACAAGGUACAUGCAGUGGAGGGAGACACUGAGCUCCACAACAACUCUUGGAUUCCGUAUCGAAGGAUUCAGGAAGUCAAAUGAAGAGUGUCACACAAACUUCAAAAGGACCAAAAGCAGAGAGCAGGUGAUGGAAGCACUGGACAACUUUGUCGAAUCCAAUACACACAUCAUGUGGGGCUAUCUGAGACGAUUGAAACAACUGCGGCAGGUCUUGGAGGCGUCAGACUUCUUCAGAUCACAUGAGGUUGUGGGCAGUUCCUUACUGUUUGUACAUGACUGGACAGGCAGAACAGGAGUCUGGAUGAUUGACUUUGGGAAGACAGCUGCAUUGCCGACACACCUCACCUUGGACCACCGCACUCCCUGGGUAGAAGGUAAUCGAGAAGAUGGCUACCUGUGGGGUCUGGACAACCUCAUUGAGAUACUCGCCAACAUGCUGCCACUGACCUGAAGGCUACUCUAGACAUGUGGAAGUUUACUUUUCAUUCUUCCUUCACCAUCAUAAGUGAGUGACUGCCGAUAGACUGAAAUGGUUGAGUUGUCAGAAUUUAGGGAAUUGCCUCUAUUGGAAAAUACACUAUGAGGGUGUAAAAAUGGAAGAUGUGAAUGAUUACAGUAACAACACAUUAUGCAAAAUGUGUUAACAAGUAAAUAUUCCCAGAAUCUUUUUUUACAGUACAUCAGGCCCACAACAUUGAUUUAAAGGUCAUCUCUACCUGAGCCGUGUAAAGUUUGACCACUGAAUAGACCUACACUCACCUCUACUGCACUGCCACUAACGCCAAGUGUACUCUGUAAGAGACACCAUCUUAGUUUCCAGCCACAGCCGGAGACGUCUGAUUCUUCUGAUGACCUGCUUGUUAUUUCAGGAAAUACAUAGCACAAGCAAUUAUAAGCCAAAGAUAUGGCUGCCCCCUCUGGUUUGAGAUGAUAAUGUCACGCUGUGUCAUUAAAAUGGUGCUAAAACAUAA